AUGGCGCAGGAUAUGCUCAGGGAAGAAGCACCCAAACGAAAGGCCGAGACGAAUGGCGACACCAACGGCCACGACGCAAAACGUGUCAAGCCGAGUCCAGAACCAGAAGAUGAGGACGAUCGUGAAUCGGCGGACGGUGUUGAAGAUCUCACAACCCAGCUAAGGAGUGCCGCACCAUUCCCGGAAAAGCCGGCGGUGGCAGAAGAGCGCGAGGGUGAGAUAUCCUUCCAGGUGGUCAACAACGACAACCAACCGAGAUCUAUGAUCAUCCUCACAGGCCUGAAAUGUAUCUUCCAAAAACAGCUGCCCAAGAUGCCGAAGGACUAUAUAGCGAGAUUGGUAUACGACAGGACACAUCUGAGCAUAGCAAUCGUCAAGAAACCUCCUGCUGGAAGCAACGCCGAAGCCUCAGGUCUGCCAGGAGAAGUGGUAGGAGGCAUCACCUACCGCCCCUUCAAAGGCCGCGAAUUCGCCGAAAUCGUCUUCUGCGCCAUCAGCAGCGACCAGCAAGUCAAAGGCUACGGCGCCCAUCUAAUGAACCACCUCAAGGACUACGUCCGCGCUACCAGCGACGUCAAAUACUUCCUCACCUACGCCGACAACUACGCCAUCGGCUACUUCAAAAAGCAAGGCUUCACCAAGGAAAUCACCCUCGACAAACCGAAAUGGAUGGGCUACAUCAAGGACUACGAAGGCGGCACGAUCAUGCAAUGCUCCAUGCUGCCCAAAAUCCGCUACCUGGAAAGCGGGCGCAUGCUCCUCAAACAAAAAGCCACCGUGCACGCCAAAAUCCGCGCCGUGAGCAAAAGCUACGAGAUCCACAAACCGCCUGCCGCAUGGUCCAAAACCAAACCCGGCGACCCUUUCCCCGAAAUCAACCCCCUCGACAUCCCCGCCAUCCGCGCCACAGGCUGGAGUCCCGACAUGGACGCCCUCGCGCGCCAACCCCGGCGCAACCCCUCCCACUCCCUCCUCCUCGGCCUCCUCAGCGCACUCCAAACCUCCUCCUCCGCCUGGCCCUUCCUCCAACCCGUCAACGGGGAAGAAGUCCAAGAUUACUACUCCGUGAUCAAAGAGCCCAUGGACCUCAGCACGAUGGAAUCCAGGCUCGAUAAAGAUCAGUAUGAGAUCGUGGAUGAUUUCGUCAAAGAUGUUUUGUUGUUGGUGCGGAACUGUAAGCGGUAUAAUGCCGAGACUACGCCUUAUGCUAAAGCGGCGAAUAAGUUGGAAAGAGAAAUGUGGAAGAAGGUUAGGGAGGUGCCGGAGUGGAGUUAUCUUGAGCCUGAGGGGUUUGAGAGUACUAAUAAGAAGGAGGGGCAGUGA